AUGUUAAGUCUGUUAAAAAAAACUUGCCAAUCCUGCAAAUGUCCCCGCGAAGCACAUGCCAUAUACCAACAACAAACCACAAACGUACACGAACGUUUGGGUUUUAAAGUAGUCUCACCUGCCGAAUCAGGCGUAGAGCCACGUGACUUAGGCUACACAUGGGUACCACCAGGCAUACGUGUUUCCUCGCGUAUCAAUCGCUAUUUCGAUCAAUUGCCCAUCGAAAAAGUACCAAAAAUUGGUAGCGAAGGAGCACGUUAUCGAGAACAACAGAUCUCAUAUCAAUUGCCCAAACAAGAUUUAUCGCUGGAGCACUGUAAGCAUUUGGAAGAUUUGCAUGAGGCCUCCUAUGAGGAUUUUGUAACGGCGCGUAAUGAAAUAGCAUUGGAUAUAGGUUAUGUCAAAGAUGCCCCAUACGAUGAGCAUUGUGCCCAUUGUGAUGGCGAGAUAAGUGUGGGCGAAAUGGUAGUAGCCGCUCCUAAAUUUGUGGAAAGUGUUAUGUGGCAUCCACGUUGUUUUACUUGCAAUACUUGCAAUGAAUUGCUGGUCGAUUUAACAUAUUGUGUUCAUGAGGAUAAAAUCUAUUGUGAACGUCAUUAUGCAGAACUAUUAAAACCUCGUUGUGCAGGCUGUGAUGAGUUUUUGAAGAAACGUUAA